AUGAAGAUCAUCUGGACUUUCACUCUGCUGAUGAUUCCUGGUGCCAUGACCUCCAUGAGUGUGACUGGACAUGCAGGGGGUGAAAUCAACAUCACAUGCACAUAUCAAGAAAAAUAUAGAGCAAAUGCAAAGUAUUUUUGUAGAGUACAGUGGUCAGACUGCACAGACCGAAUCAGGACCAAUAUUAAAAACAAAUGGUUUGAUUCUGGAAGAUUCUCUCUGUUUGACGACACAAGAGCAGCAGUUUUCACUGUGACCAUCAGAGAUCUGAGUGCACAGGAUUCUGGGACGUACUAUUGUGCAGCUGAUAUCCGUAUCAGUAAAGAUUCCUACACUGAAGUGAAGCUGAAAAUUAUAUCAGUAGCUAGCUGUACUGUGACCUCAAUCAGUGUGACAGGACAUUCAGGGGGUGUAGUCAACAUCACAUGCAAAUAUGAUAGAAAAUAUACAGACAAUGCAAAGUAUUUUUUCUCAGGCUCGUCUCUGAUCAUCGGUCUGUCUGUGAUUUCGGUUCUGCUCAUCAUUGUACUCGUGUUAGUGAUCGUGGCUCUCUGCAAGAGGCAUCAGGCUCACAGCUCUGAUUCAGCCUCUAGAAUGCCUGAACCUGGAACAGAAAACAGUGAAGCGGUUCCUCAAACGGGCUGCAUUUAUGAGGAAAUUGCAGACACCAGACCUCACACGGAUCCAGAUACAGGAACUAAAACAGUCUAUGCUACAACCCAAUUACCCAUAAACCCCUCUGAUUAG